AUUCAACAUCGAAGACACCGAGUCGGAGUGACAAUCAUCAGCCUACUAAGAAUGCGUUCCGUUUCCGUGCUUGCUGUGAUCCUGGCGGUGACCCUUGUGGGCCUGCUGACCGUCGAAACCCAAGCCGACAUCUACUCGGAGAUGGCGUCCUGCGCGUGCCCGUUGAGCUACCAACCCGUGUGCGGCAGUGACAACGUUACCUACUCGAACGACUGCGUCCUGAACUGUGCCAUGGCUACCCCGACCGGUUCCAGAAUAGCGCUGAAGAAACUCCGCGACGGAUCCUGCGAAAAUACCGAACUUUAAUGACUCAGUCAUCGUAAAAGCUGCGACACGUUGAGAACGAAAUCGGAAAUGCGCCAUAUUGGAGGAAUCGUAGUGGGAGUGCUGGCUGCACUAUCCCUGGUUUUGCUGGCGGUGGAAGCCCGAAGCGAUUCCCAGGGACGAGUUUGCGCGUGUCCUCGGAUAUUCAUGCCCGUCUGUGGAAGCGACUUCAACACGUACAACAACGACUGUCUGCUGCGCUGUGCGGCCGACUCGGAUUUGGGCAGAGCUAACCACUUGAGGAAAAUUGCGGACCAGCCCUGUGACAACCUGGCGGAUAAUGUGGAGGAGUUUAUCCCUGAGGAGUAUUAGGUGAACGAUGGUUAAAAUCUGGAAGAUUUACUGGAACAUUGGAUUAACAUAACACGAUUGUAAAACAAUUUGAAAUGUGAUAUUUUACGAAUAAAGUAAAUUUUGUUUUAUUA